GGACACUGUCCUACAGCUGGUUUGGAAGAGGGAGGAAAUAACUUGGCAUUGCAACAUACAGACAGACAGACAUCCUGCAACACGUUGUGUAACACACAGACUCCUGUUCUGCUAUGGAGCGCUGGGUUCUCCUCUCUCUGUCUCUCCUGGCCUACCUGUAUCUGGAGGUGGCUGGAGCUGGGGCCCAGGACCAAAGAGGGCUGGCAGGCCAGGGCAACGGGAGGAGGAGAGGGCCAGGGGGCGCAGAGCACAACCAGCCCCAGGGAGUAGGACUAGGACGGGGAAAGAGGAGGAAGGCAGGAGGGCCCGGGAAAGGGAGAGCCAAGGGGAACAGGGACAAUCAGAGGUCAAAACCCCCCCUGGGUCUGACGAGGCUGGGGAGUCUUCCACCCAACGCAGGAGGAGACAGAGGGUCUAUAUUCAUUGAGUCGUACAAGAGUGUUGACGAGAGACAGUCUAACUACAAUGUUAUCCCAGGUAAAAAGGGCCAGUGUGUGUACCAGGGCAUCACCAUGUUUGAGAAAGCCGUCUGGUCCCCCAAGCAGUGUGUUACCUGUCUGUGUAGUGGAGGGGAGGUGGUCUGUGACGAGAUCAUUUGUCCCCACCUACGAUGUCACUACUCCUACACUCCCACUGGGGAGUGCUGUCCUGUCUGCAUGGAUACAGUUCCCAACGACCCCAGCGACCAUGUGAACCCUGACCUUGAACCCGCCAUGCCCCGCUCCCAGGCCGAGAUCGAACUCCUCUUGAAGAGAGAGGAGGAGGAGCACAGGGAGGAGGAGGCACGUCUUCUCAAGAAGGACGCCGAGAAAAAGAGGAGGAAGAAACAGAAGAAGGAGGAGGCUGAGAGACAGAGGAGUCUGCAGGAGGAGCACGAGGAAGAGAGGAGGCGCGAGGAAGAGCGGCUGCAGAUGGAGAAGGAGGAGGCAGAGAAGAGGCAGGAGGAGGCAGAGGUGGCCAUGAAGGAGCAGGAAAGGAAGCUGGAGGAGGAGAGGAGGAGACACGAGGAUGACCUGAAGGAGAAACUCAGGGAGCUAGAGGAGGAAGAAGAAGAGGAGAGGGAGCAGGAGGAGGAAGACGUGGAGUGGCUGUUGAGAGGAGAUGUUUUCCAGAUUUUUCCAGAGGAGCCGACCGAAGAGGACCUCCUUACACCUCCCCUAGCCGAGCCCACUGAUGAACAAGAGGAGGAUGGAGGAGAGGAGUGGGGAGGGGUGGUACGCAGACCUGGGAACACACUCCCGUUAGGUUGUGAUAUCUCUGAUGUCAUCGUGACAUGUGAGAACGCCCAGCUGACCAACUUCCCCCCCCUAAACAUCCCUGAACUCAAGUCUCUGAGCCUGGAGGGUAACGCCAUCACAACCAUCCCAAUGGGGGCGUUCAAUGGCAUCCCCAACCUGGAGUGGAUUAACCUGAGCAAGAACAAGUUGGUGACUUCUGGUAUUGCCCCACGUGCCUUCAAAGGCCUGAAGUUCCUGAGCCGUCUGUUCCUGGACAACAACCUCCUGGAGACGGUUCCAACAGAUCUCCCAUCAACACUACAGGAACUCAAGAUCAACGAGAACCACCUCAAAGGCAUCGAGGAGAAUAGCUUCCAAGGUCUGAGUAGCCUGUUGAUCUUGGAGUUGGAGGGAAAUGUCCUGAACGAAGGGAACGUGGAUCAUCAAGCUUUCAGUCCCCUCUCCCAGCUCUCCUACCUCCGUCUGGGCAGAAACCACUUCAGGACCAUCCCGCAGGGCCUGCCUCCAUCUCUACUGGAGGUUUAUCUUGAGAACAACCUGAUAGAAGAGAUAUCCGACUGCGUCUUCAAUCAAACCACUAACCUGAACGUGAUCUCACUGAGACACAACAGACUGGAGGAGUCCAUGAUAGCACCUCUAGCAUGGAUCAACCACAAGAACCUGGAGUCCAUCGACCUAUCCUACAACCGUCUGUACCUGGUCCCAUCCUACCUGCCCAGAGCUCUGGUUCACCUGGUCUUAGUAGGGAACCAGAUCGAGAGAAUCCCAGGUUUUGUGUUUGCCCACAUGGUCCCGGGGAUAGAGUACCUGUACCUGUCCCACAACAAGCUGGAUGGGGAGGGAGUAGAGCCAGAGUCCUUCUUGGGCACCUAUACCUCCAUGACAGAGCUGUGUUUAGACCACAACCAGCUGGUUACGGUUCCCCCUGGUAUCAACCAGAUGAGCACGCUGCACUUCCUCCAUCUCAAUAACAACAAAAUCAGGACCUUUGCUGAGGACGCUAUCUGUGACCCCGAGAACAUCGAGGACUCCCACAUCGUGAUGCUGCGUCUGGAGAACAACCUCAUUGACCCCAGGAAGAUCUCUCCUUCCGCCUUCUCCUGCGUCCGCUCUUACUCCAGCGUCGUCUUGAAACCUCAGCGGGCCAAGUAACAGGAUUUGCAAAAAGCUGUGUGGCAGAAUUGCCAAAAAAACAGAUCCCCUUUCUUCCUAGGCACUCCUGUAGAUCUGAAAGGCUGUGAUAGGUGGAAACAAUAUGGCGACAUUUCCACACAGCCAAUCACAAGGCAAGAGGAAGCAAUUAUCCUUAUCCUCUCAGAUCAACAGAGCCUGGAAUUCAGCCGCUGUUAUUGUAUAAAAAAACAAGGAAAAUGUCCGUAAAAUCACCAUUGCCAAACUCCUACUGUAUCUCAUUGUUCGAGUCGUGCAACACAAUUCAUAUCAACGACUAUAGGAGAGAGAGAGACAGACACCGUUAGGAAAAUACACCUUCCACUCCUGGUUUUCCAUCUUCUAAAACUCCCAUGGAUGGAAACAUUCUAGGGAAGUGAGGAACAGCUUCUUGGACUUGUUCCUAAAACCUUAAUUUAAAAGAUUGAAAUGUUUGAAUAAGAUCUCCUAGUAGAGUUAACCUCAGCAUGAUCUGGGCUGCAUCCCAAAUUGCAAGCUAUUCCCUAUAUAGUGCACUACUUUUGGCCAGGACCGAUAAGGAAAAGGGUGGCAUUUGGGAUGUAGAUCUGGUGAUAGAGGGGUACAAAAUGAGAAUGUAACAUGUCUAGAGAUGCCCUUUUCAGUCCUACUCUGUGAUUUGUUGUUGGUUCCCAGUUUGAGACGUUGCUUCAGAUUUCGUUCGUUGACGUUCGACUGGGAGAAGAGAGACGGAUCGCCUAAACCCCACACGUCCUCAAAGUAGCACAGAAAUAGAAAUAGAACAAUCUUCACCAGUCAAAUUGCCAGGGUUAGAGGUUCCAAGCACGGUUCUAUAGAUUAUAUUUCUAUGUCAAGCAGCGGGUCAGGAUCUACAACAGGGAGAUAUACCUCUGAUGUAUAUAGGGAUAUGUAUAUUGGGAUAAUAAUAAUCAGUACGUUUUAUAUGUUAUUGCUUUCCCCUCAACAGACUUAAUUCACGUGUCAUCAAUCAUUCUAUAAAGAAACUAUACUGUAUAAUGAAAACAUACUGUGGAAUGGAAACUUUUACAAUAGUUUUCAGUGUUUGAAAUCUGUCUGCAACACCACGUGUACGUGGCUGGCUAAGAUUUAAAAGUGGGGAUAUGAAUUUAUUAAAAAAAGCUACAUUUGAGAAUUGCAUUAUCGACAAGUUCAUACAAAGUGCAAGUUUUUAUUUUUGUUCUUCAUACCUGUACAAAACACACGAUGUUUACUACGACUCAAAUAAAGAAGCCUAUGUUUUGAUUCAAA